AUGGCAUCUGAUUCAAAAGCAGCUGGUAAUGCAGUGACAAGAGAAAUCGAAUCUCGUAUUAAGCAAAUACCUGAACAUUUAUUUGAAGUUUUCCUUGAGAUUCGAGAGCCCAUUGAAGAUGAAAUACCAGCAAUUUUAUUGAAAUAUCCAGAAAAUUUUCCUGAUGAACACCUUAAAACUGUCACCAAUUUUGCUUAUCCAUGCAAAAUGCCAUCAGACGAACAAAGUGAACAUUUUGCAUUUGUGAUACUCGAUUCAACUGGUACUCUUUUUCGUUUUGGUUAUUGUCGACGAUCGAAUCGUGAAUCGACUUGUUUAUGUAUUAUAAGUUUUUAUCCAUGGUUUGAAGUUUUCUAUAAGAUUUUAAAUGAUUUAUCUCAAGUGAUCGUUUCAAAACCGUUGAAGGUUACUUCUCAAUCAUCGACUUUAACUGCCGAUGUGAAACAAUUGUUAUCAUCGUUAUACAAUUAUAAGUUAUUGUCAAUUGAGGAAUUUCACGAAAACGAAGGCAAAGAAGAAGUUAAAAUAAAUAUUCUUUCGAAGAAUUUUAAUUAUACUCGACCUGAUCCACGAAAACUCCCUUCAAUGUUAUCUAAUCGUAAUUUUUCUGUCAUGGUGUCAAGAUUGGGCCCAGAAUUAAUGCUAUGCCUUUUUUCACAUUUACUGUUCGAACGACGCAUUCUGUUUGUUUCAUCGAAACUUUUUCAUUUAACUGCGUGUGCAUACGGCUGUUUACAUUUAAUUCAUCCAAUGCAUUGGCAAAGCAUAUUUUUGCCAAUACUUCCUGCAUCAAUGACAUGGACAACACAAUGUAGCACACCGUAUAUAAUCGGAUUGCAUUCAAGUUUAUUUUCAACAUUAACAAUGGAUGAAUUAGGCGAUGUGGUCAUUGUGAAGAUUGACGAACGAAAAAUUGAAUCACAAUAUGAUGAUCUUAGUCUUUUUCCGAAGUAUUUAAUUCGAAGCAUGAAAAAAGGUAUUCAGCAAUCGUCGCAAUUAGCUGGAGAUCAUUUGGCAAGAGUUUUUCUUCGAGCUAUGGCAUUUACUGUUGGUAAUUAUGCAAAUGGAUUUGACAUUAAAAAUGAUAAAUUAGAUUUUGAUCGAGAACGUUAUCUUGAAUCAUAUCUUGGAUCUCAUGUGCAUACAUUUAUGUCUGCUGUUGCUAAUACGCAAAUGUUUGAACAAUUUUCACGGUAUCGAACUCAUGCACAACUUGAACGUGAAACUGAUAUCGAUGAAUUUGAUCUUGAAGUUAGAAAUCUACAAAAACUUCAACAAUCAAAAAAAUUCAAAACAAACAAAAAGAUUUACAAACUAUUAGAAAAAGCAGCAAAUCCAUUGUUUGAACAAGUUCAAAACAAAGCCGAAAGAAUUCAGACAGUUAUUAACAAAGCCGGACAACGUGUUGCUAGUGAAGCAUCAUCCGUAAGAAACAAUUUAACAUCGUUCGAUAUUAAUGAUGUUAUUAAACGAACACAUAAUUCUAAAAUGCAUCAAUCCAUUACAACCAAUAAUGUUCGUGAUACAAAACCAGUUCAUCAAUCGAGUACACCUGAUAUAUUGAAUGAAAACUCUAUUCCAUAUGAAAGAAUUCAUUCGAAAGACAAUUUUUUCCUAUCUGAACCACACUUGACCAAUCAAGAUCAAAUAUCAUCGUCAUCAGCUUCAUCGUCGCGUUCUUCAACACCGGAAGUAGAUCGUCAUAAAAGUAAUACCUUAAUAAAUUUAGAUACUGAUGAUGAGAAUCUUCUAUUGCCAUCUCCGAUUGUUCUAAACGUAAUUAAUACUCUUGUGACACCCCCCGUUCAACGUCAAACUCCUCAAAUCGAUUCAAAAAUUAAACAGCUACAAAACGAACUGCAACAUAAAGUUCAAACAUUCGAUGGUAAACGUCUUGAUCCUCGCAAUGAAUAUGGACAAGAGAAAAAAGAAAUUAAAAAAAUUGUCGAACAAUUCGAUCCACUCGAUGAUCCGAAUUAUUUCGGUCGAGCCAACAAAAAUUCGAACGAAUUUUUAGCUUCAAUGCCAGUCACAUUUCGUACUGAAGAGAAAUUACCAUCAAAUACAUAUGACCGGCAUCCAUCGAUUUAUGAAACAAUACCAACAAAUCACGUUAAUAAUGUUCUACAAAAUAUUCAUAGUAUAUAUGGUACACCAAAUCGAUUAAAUUUACGAGCUACUGUUUCCAUGCAACACAAAUCACAGGAAAAUAAUUUGAACACUUUUUCUCCCUCACUCACGGCACCUGCAGGAUUAUUUCCGGUCAAAACUUAUUCAACAACUUCAGAUGAUUUAGAAUCGAAUUUUGAUCCAUUAGCACCUUCAAAAGAGAAAAAUCUAUAUUCAAAUAUGCCGCAAUCGUCGUCAUCAAGAACCAAUGGAUCGAAUUUAAUUGACUUUAAUUAA